AAGCGCCACCAGUUCUGUUCCUGUCCAGUCCAGCGCAGUCCAGUCAAACCAAUAAUUACCGACCUCCUUCCUCCCUUCUUAAUUAAAUUUCGAUGGUUUGAGCACUGGAACGCAGAGAGGCAAGGAGCAGAGCAACCUCGCAUGCAGCGGUGCGCUGGUUGAUGAAAGAAAUUGUUCGACGAUGGAACAUUUUGAUUCCUAAAGGCGCCUUCUAUUCUAAUUAUCAAUCUCGGUCAGAGCGCUGCAGAAAUGGCGGAAGAAGGCGAAGAGCAGAGAAGGAGAGGUACAAGGUGAACGGUGCCGUGCUCUCUGUCUGCUAGCUCCUGAAAUGGCCACCAGAUUCCUUGCCUUGUACGUCUCCGUUUCUCUUCUGAUGAGUUGCCCGGCGGCGCAAGUGCCGAAUACGGACGGCUUCUUCGUGGCCGAGUUUUUCCGGAAGAUGGGGGCGGCGCCGGCCGCUUACCUGGCCGCCGACCAGGGUAAUUCCUCAGACGUUUGCUCGUGGCCGGGGGUGUCCUGCGAGGGGCAGCCUGAGAAAGUGACCGGCUUGGUGGCUUCGGGCCUCAACCUAUCCGGGCCGAUCCCCCAAACCACCAUUGCCAAGCUCAGACAACUGCGAUUUCUGGAUCUCAGCCGCAACAACAUCACCGCCCUCUCCUCCGACUUCGGCGAGCUCUGCAGCUCCCUCUCGCGGCUCGACCUCUCCGACAAUAGCAUCGUAGGGCCGCUGCCAGCCAACAUCGGCAACUUUCAUCGGAUGGAGAGCCUCCACCUUGCGCACAACCGGUUCUCCGGCGAGAUUCCAAGGGAGCUCGGCUCGCUCACCGGUCUCGCUCUCCUCAAUCUCAGCGGCAACUUCUUAGAGAUGAGCAUCCCGGACACAAUUUUUGGAUGCGCCUCGCUGCUCUUAAUCGACCUCUCCAACAACCAAUUGGGAGGGGACGUUCCCGAUGGAUUCGGCGCCGCCUUCAAGAACCUCACCGCCUUGGAUCUCUCCGGGAACCGCCUCACGGGGAAGACGCCCGAUUUUUCCGGGUGUCAUGCCAUCACCUAUCUCAAUCUCUCCGGCAAUCUCUUCCACGACUUGGAUAUCGGGGCCUUCCGGCACCCUUUGCAGGUUGUCGACCUGAGGAACAACCACCUCCACGGCCUCAUCACUGAGGCUAACCCGAGCUCCGCCGCCAACUGGUCCUCUCUUCUCUAUCUCGACAUGUCAAUGAACGAACUCACUGGUGACUUCUUUCCUGGUUUAGGAGAGUCGCGAUCAUUGAAGCAUCUCAAUCUUGCAUUUAACAACUUCUCUAGCCAAGAAUUUUUCAACAUGCAACUGCCCUCAGCACUAGAGUAUCUAAAUCUGUCGAAAACCAACCUCACUGGCCAUAUUCCUUGCGGCAUUUCUCAGUUGCUUCACUUGAAGGUACUGGAUCUUUCACAGAAUCAUAUCACCGGUACCAUUCCUGAGAUCAGGACUAAGGACCUGCGCGUUAUAGACCUUUCGUCGAACAAUCUCACUGGUGAAAUCCCCGAGUCGCUGCAACAGAAUCUAUCCAGUAUCGAAAAGUUCAAUUUUUCCUUCAACAAUCUCACUUAUUGUGCUGAACAUCUUUCGCUCGCGUCGAUGAAUUUGUCAUUCAUCGGGUCGCAAAAUGAUUGCCCAAUUGCAGUGAACCCGGACGAUGCUGCAGCCAAAGGAAAGUCGCGCAUGGAUCUCAAGCUUGGAUUGGUCGUAGUUUUUUCUGUGUUCUUUUCACUAGUAGCGCUGAUCUCCCUGCUAAUUUACUACCGGAAAAGGACGAGACGGUGGGCAAUUAAGCAACUGUCGUGCAAGGAGGAGCAGAAUCUCUCUGGUCCCUUCUGUUCCCACUCGGAUUCGACGACGUGGGUUGCUGAUGUCAAUCUCGCAAGCUCGGUCCCCGUAGUAAUCUUUGAGAAGCCAUUGUCGAACUUCACCUUCGCAGACCUCUUGAGUGCGACAUCGAAUUUCGAUAGAGGAACCUUAUUGGCAGAAGGGAAGUUCGGGCCAGUCUACGGAGGAUUUCUCCCCGGAGGCAUUCACUUCGCCAUGAAGGUUCUGGUCCACGUGCCGUCGGUGACGAACCAGGAAGCUGCACGAGAGCUCGAGAGGCUUGGUCAGAUCAAGCAUCCCAAUUUAGUGCCACUUAUUGGUUAUUGCUUAGCCGGGGAGCAAAGGAUUGCGAUAUAUGAUUACAUGGAGAACGGAAACCUACACAACGUGCUUCAUGAUUGGACCAGCAGCGAUCCAUGGGAGCAAGAGAAUGCUGGUUUGCAGAGCAUCAGGACCGCCCAAGGAAUGACUACUUGGAGAUGCAGGCACAGAAUGGCCUUAGGGGCCGCGAGGGCGUUGGCUUUUCUCCAUCAUGGAUGCUUUCCCCAGAUCGUUCACGGAGACGUGAAGGCAAGUAGCAUUUAUCUUGACUCGGCUAUGGAACCAAGGCUAGCCGAUUUUGGUUUAUCGGGUUUGGCAGAAUCCUCGGAGCAAGAAACCGCAGCGGCAGCUGCCAAAUCUGAUGUUUAUGGAUUUGGGGUGGUGCUAUUUGAGCUUCUUACAGGGAAGAAACCAGUUGGAGAUGAGUACUGCGAGGACAAGGAAGCCACUCUGGUCAGUUGGGCAAGGGCAUCGGUGAGGAGAAAUGAGCUGGCGAGAUUGAUUGAUCCGAAAAUAAGGGAAACAGGAGGAGCUGAUGCACCAAUGUUGGAAGCUCUAAGAAUUGCUUAUCUGAGCACGGCUGACUUGCCCUCCAAGAGGCCAUCGAUGCAGCAAAUUGUUGGCCUUCUCAAGGACCUUGAGCCUGUCGUCGUUGGGAGUUCAACUGCAAAACUUUGAUUCGACUUGUUUCACUAUGCUAAACUUCUGCUAAUGUACAGUGGGCAUGACCUCCCUCAGAACUUCUGCUAUAUAUGUUAUGGUUCAGUAGCUUUCUCUCUUACACAAUUUACUUUGAACUCAAA